UGUCGUCAUUUCCGGUGUUUCCGUCAACUCAUAAACGUCGCUGGCGGGAAGCGGCUGAUAUCACGCGCAGCUGCUGAGGACACAAGCAGUCGAGCGCGUUCAGUCUGGUCACGAUGCCCCGCGUCCUGAACGCUAUCGUGGCGGCGUGUCCUGACCUCGGCAUUGGGAAGAACGGAAACCUGCCGUGGCAUCCGGCCAGGCUCAGUAACGAAUUCAAACAUUUUCGAAAGAUGACAGUAACCUCAUCUGUGGAAGGCAGGCAGAACGUGGUGAUCAUGGGCAGGAAGACAUGGUUUUCCAUCCCAGCCAAGAACAGACCUUUGCCUGACAGAAUCAACAUCGUACUUAGCAGGCAAUGCAAAGAGCCUCCUGCAGGAGCGCACUACCUCGCCUCAGACUUCAGCUCAGCCCUGAGGCUCGUUGACGUGGAGCUGGCAGACCAAGCUGACCAGGUCUGGAUUAUAGGAGGCAGCUCGCUUUACAAGGAAAUGAUGGAGACCUUGGGGCCAAGGAGGCUGUUUGUCACGCAAAUCCUGAAGCAGUUUGAAUGUGACACCUUCCUCCCUGAAAUCUGCCUUGAUAAAUAUCGUCUCCUGUCAGAGUUUCCAGAAGUGCCACAGGACCUGCAGGAGGAGAACGGUAUCCAGUAUAAGUAUGAGGUGUAUGAGAGCAUCGAGCAAUAAAGAAAACCCAAAUGA